UCGGCUGCGGGGAGUUGUGCGUUAAAGUUUAAUUUUAUUUCCGUUGCACAUAUAUAUUUAAAAGUCAAUAUUUUAUUUAAUCCCGUUUUUGAUUUCCGUUGUGUUUGUUUUAUUUUGUUAAAAUGAGUGACACGGAGGACUUGACUGACGAGGAAAAGGAUGGGAGGCCGACAUCGAGAUCACGGAGUAGGACACCAGCUAAACUGAACAAGUCGAAAAGCCGAUCUGCUUCCCGUUCAUUGUCAAGGGCAUCAAACUUAUCACGAUCUCGGACAUCGUUCUCACGAUCUCGAUCAUGUUCCAAGUCACGGUCACGUUCCCGUCGUCAUCGCCGUCGCUCAAAGUAUUAUUCACGAUCGAGAUCUCACACUAGGUCAUAUAGGAGAAGAUCCAGGAGCCGAUCUUACUCACCUGUCUACAGGCGUAGAAGAAGCAGCAGCCAUUCUCCCAUAUCCAGCAGGCGACGUCACAUUGGAAGCAGGACCAACCCAAAUCCUAAUAAUUGUCUGGGAGUGUUUGGCCUGAGCCUGUACACCACUGACCGGGAACUACGUGAAGUGUUUUCUCGAUAUGGACCUCUCGCAGGGAUCAAUGUGGUUUAUGACCAGCGAACAGGAAGAUCAAGAGGAUUUGCAUUUGUCUACUUUGAGAAUGUUGAAGACUCUAAAGAAGCAAAAGAACGUGCUAAUGGGAUGGAACUUGAUGGCCGGCGCAUUAGAGUAGAUUAUUCCAUUACAAAACGACCCCACACUCCAACUCCAGGAAUUUACAUGGGCAGACCAACAACUGUUCGUUCCUCUCAUUACCAUGACUCUUACAGUGAUAGAUACACCGAUCGGGAUUUCAACUACAGACGAAGAUCACCUUCACCCUAUUAUAGCAGAUACAGAUCUCGAUCUCGUUCUUAUACCCCACGUCGAUACUGAUCAUACACACCAAGUACUUCCUGCCAGUUUCAAUGGAUGGAAAGUUUUUCAACCUACAGGAAUUUUCUAAAAACUAAGCUGGGAAUUGGGCAUUGCAAUGCUUUUUUUAAAAAAGUAAAAGCUUUUUUAAUUAUAUUAAGCAAAAGCCCUAUAAUCAUGUCUUUCAUUUUGAGAGUUUUCUGGUGUCUCACUAGUGGUAUUGCAUAUAUAUUACGAGAGGAAGUAUGUCUUUUUAAUGGGAUUUGACAUACUGUAUGUGUUGCAUUAAAUUGUUAUUGCAGAAAUAUUUCUGGUAUACAUGUUCCCAAACUAUAUUUGGAUAAUAAGCACGGUGUCUUUACUUUUUGUGCACAAUGUUUGAUUCUGCAGUACUUUAUAAGAAAAGAUUCAUUUAUAAAGUUACUUAUUGGGAAAUGGUGAUCUGCAAUAAAUGUCUUGGAUACGGUGUGGGACCCAAUUUCUUUAUGGAGAAAAGAUCGUGAAAGCUAAUAGUUGUAACCCAGUCAGCUUGUAUUGUUGCUUGAUAAGAGAUCUAGUUAUAGAACAUUUUAAACUGUGGUAGUAUAGUGUUUAAGUUACUAGAGUAGCAAUACGUCUAGGACAAGGGUUUAAAUCCCAUAAGAGAUGGGAGCAAGAUUUUGCCAUUCGGCCCAUCGAAUCCAUAAGAUGGCGUUGGUGAACCACAGCAAUAUUCUGUAGGCUUUGAGUCUUGAUUCAUCAUUCCAUCAUGGAUAAUUUAUUAUCCCUCUUAAACCUAUUCAGAAUCAGAUUUCAUAUCACUGGCAUAUAUUGUGAAAUUUGUAAUGCAGUAGUACAUUGCAAUAAAUAAAAACAUUACUGUAUGUAUAUUCAAAAAGUUAAAUAGUGCAAAAAGGGAAAAUAAAAAUAGUGAAGUAGUGUUCAUAGGUUUGAUGUCCAUUCAGAAAUCUGAUGGUGGAGGGGAAGAAACUUUCCGAAUCACCGAGUGUGCCCUUUGAGUCUUCUGUACCUUUUCCCUGAUGGUAGCAAUGAGAAGAGGGCAUGUCCUGGGUGAUGGGGUCCUUAAUGAUGGAUGCUGCCUUUCUGAGGCAUCGCUCCUUAAAGAUGUCCUGAAUGCUGGGGAGGCUGGUGCUUGUGAUGGAACUGACUGAGUUCACAAUACUCUGCAGUUUAUUUUAAUCCUGUGCAGUGGCCUCCCAUACCAUGGUGGUGCAACCAGUUAGAAUGUACAGCUGUAGAAAUUUGUGAGUGUCCUCCUUUCUCCUCAUAAGCUUUGAAACCCUUACUAAUCAAGAUCCUCUGCUAUUAAUAUAUCCAAUGACUUGGACUCCACAACCAUCUGUGGCAAUGAAUCCCACAGAUUAUCUCAUUUUGGAAUGGAGAGAUUGAAUCUCAGAAAUAAAUCUGGAAUUAAAAUAACUGCUACUCUCAUUACUAGUAAACACAUUGGAUUGUUGUAAAACCUCUUCUGAUUCACUAUUGUCCUUCAGAGAAGGAAACACCAUCUGCCACAGCUUGAGUGAGACUCUGGAGUCACCAGCUGCUCUCAGUUCGGGGAUUAGUGCUGCCUCCUGCAGCCAAAUAAAAUCAUUUCUAUGUCUCCAAAUUCCACAUGUAAGACAGUGAUAAUAAACCGGAUUCUGAUUCCAUUUGUCCAUGGUGGAGAGAAGUAGUCUCACUUUUAACUAUGUAUGAAAUAUUUAGUUGGAAUAUUCCAGUGCCACCUGGAAAUAAUUGAUUUAUGACAUGGUCAAAAUACAGUAAUUUCUCUUGAUGUCUUGAUGUGCUUCAAAACUUUGUUAUUAUUUAGUACUUCACCCAAAUAGCCUACAAGUAUUUUUUUUAUUUUUAUUUAGAAAUGCUGUGCAGAACAGGCCCUUCCAGGCUAAUGAGCUACUUGUUUAACAUUAGUGUAAUCAUAGGACAGUUUAUAGUGACCAGUUAACCUACAUCUUCGGGUGGUGGGAGGAGACCCAUGUGGUCACCAGGCAAAAUUAUAAAUUCCUUACACAUAGCACUGGAAUGCCCCAAGCUGUAAUAGUGCUGUGCUGCUGUGAUGUCUGUUAAAGUAGGACAGAGUAUUUCAGCGCAAUUAAAUGCUCUCUCCACUGAUGUCCAAAUGUCAUAACUCUUGCACUUGCACCUGCUUAAUUUGCAGCCCGCAUUUUUCAUCUACCUAAAGCAACUGUCAACAGAGUA